AUGAUUUCGUAUUGUGAAAUAUUAAUUGAUGAAGUUAUACUUCAUGAUGAUGAUGAUGAUGAUGAUGAUGAUGAUGAUGAUGAUGAUGAUGAUGAUGAUGAUGAUGAUGAUGAUGAUGAUGAUGAUGAUGAUGAUGAUGAUGAUGAUGAUGAUGAUGAUGAUGAUGAUGAUGAUGAUGAUGAUGAUGAUGAUAUUGUUUAG